AAUCUGAGGAUGGACACGGACACGCGCGCGCGCACCUAUCCAUCAUCAAUUGCCUCCUUCUUGCCUGGUGCACUGAAUCCACUUGAAAACAACGAACGCAUAAACAAUCAAAGGCAAAAGCCGUUUGAUUUGCCGGUGAAACCCAAGAGAAGCGAAGAGUGAGAAGGAUGAAAGCCCUCAGUCUGUCAUCAUCUCAUUGGAUGUUCGGGUGCGUCUUACCGCAAAGACCCAUCAUCCGAGCAACUCAGUGAAGGCACAGGCUCUGGAAGCACCUGUCAUCACUGCACGAUUAUAGUUUUGCAAAUAGUGAUUGAUUACAUCGAUUAUUUUAGCAUAAUUGCGUGCCCGGUGGUCAUCAUGAAGUUAAGCACAAGUCUGGAUGCGGCACGGCGCGUGCACUGAAGACGCUGGAAAGGUCUUCCAUCAUGCAGAAGAAACAAUGCAGGAGGUAGCAGUUUCAGCGCUGACUCAAGACAGGCUCAUUUAACCUUAUUUAAUCACCCUUGGAUUCCUAUGAUGGCCCUGAUCUGCCUUUGCGAGUCUGUGAAUACAUCAGACCAGGAUUAUGAGUUCUGCAACAGCAGUACGUUCAACUUCACUGGAAAUGACAGUGCACACUGUUACCUUCAGACCAUUGAUGAAGUUCUGUUUAAGCUUCUGGGCCCAAGACGAUCUCCGUUCUUCUUCCCUGUAACCUGUACUUACAUCCUCAUCUUCAUGACCGGGGUCUUAGGAAACCUCCUGACCUGCGCUGUAAUCACUAAAGAUCGAAAAAUGCAAACUCCCACCAACUUGUAUCUCUUUAGCCUGGCCAUCUCCGAUCUUCUAGUGCUACUCUUCGGGAUGCCUCUGGAAAUCUACGAACUUUGGCAAAACUACCCUUUUCCCUUCGGCGAGAGCAUCUGCUGCUUUAAAAUCUUCUUGUUCGAAACAGUUUGCUUUGCUUCCGUGUUAAACGUCACAGUGCUAAGUGUGGAGCGAUACAUAGCUGUGAUUCACCCGCUCAAAACCCGUUACGCCAUCACCAACAAGCACGCUCGAAGGGUCAUCGCUGGGGUUUGGGCUAUGUCUCUGCUCUGCGCCGUCCCGAACACCUCCCUCCAUGGCCUGCAGUAUCAGUAUCUGCCGGAGAGGGUUCAGGAAUCGGCUACCUGCAACCUGCUCAAGCCCAAAUGGAUGUACAACUUGGUGAUCCAGAUCACAACUGUGCUCUUCUACUUUGUUCCCAUGAUGAUGAUCAGCGUGCUGUAUCUGAUGAUCGGUCUGACGCUUGGCAGAGGGCAGAAGCAGAAAAAGGACAAGCUGGGAAGCAAUCACAGCAACGACAGCUGGAAAAUCCAUCUGGACAGCAGACGGAGAAGGCAGGUCACCAAGAUGCACUUUGUGGUGGUAUUAGUGUUUGCCAUCUGCUGGGCUCCGUUCCACAUCGACCGGCUCUUAUGGAGCUUCAUCACCAGUUGGACAGACCACAUGCAUAACAUCUUUGAAUAUGUGCACAUAAUCUCCGGCGUGCUCUUCUACCUCAGUUCAGCUGUAAACCCCAUAAUCUACAACCUGCUUUCCAGCCGCUUCCGGGAACGGUUUCAAGCGCUGGUGUGCAGUCGCCUGUCAACUAGAUCCUCACGUAAUGAUUCCAUGCCUUUUUACAUCAUACCCAAAGACCCCCCGACUGAUUUCAAACGGACUGGAUAAGAGCAGGAACACACAUGGCCUUUUCCUUUUGUCAUUAUCAGCAGCGGGAGGAAGGGAAUGAAUGAAUGAUAUGCUUUGAUGUGAGACAACAUACUCUGCGCACUCACACGGCAUUGUGCUAUUCACUCCAAGAAUAGAAACAGAAGAUGUGAAGCAUGCCUGUAAACACUACGGUAUUGACUGAAACCACAUGUUAAUGGACAGGUAAAUGGGUUUGGAUUGAUAUGGACUUGGCCUUUGGAAGAUGAUGAUUAAACAGCACGGUCGUGUCAUCAAAAUUUAAAGUAUGAAUGAAAAUGAAAUACCGUUCUGUAGGAGUGCCUAUUAAGCCCAUUCAUGGUCAAUAUUGCAGUUCCAUUAGUGGAAAGAACAAGCAACAACAAGGUCAUUGAAUCAUCAGAUGACAAAAUGCUACUAUGCAUCCAAUUAAAGAUGAAACUGAACAAUUGUUUAAAACACAUGGAUUGAGGUCUGUAUCAAAUCUUCUGUAUAAUUCUGUUUGUGUCAUAAGGCAAGUCAAGUUCAGCUCCUCUAUAAUUCUAAUAUAGGCUCAUUCUGGAAAUGUAGAGUUGCUGGAAAUUACGAAUUAUGUAUCCAGAGCUACGCAUGGCUGCAUUUCAUCUUUAAAAUGAACUCUACGUAGUGGUAUGAUGCCAUUCCUUUUUGCGCUUACUAGAUCACUGCUUACCUGCAUGUAGACUGCUUUUCUGCCGUUACCAGUUUGUCUGGUAGCUUAACACAUACGCCGGCGUACUUGAGAUGCAGAGAAAAGUCGACCGCGACGAUGGGGUUUGAAUUUGGUGAAGAACAGUUGCAGAAUGCAGAUCAGACAAAAACAGAAUCCAAAAAAUAAAAUAAACACGUAAAUAAA